UGCAUUUGCAUUGAAAUUGGAGAGUGAAAUGUAAAACAAUUAGGUCUCGCUCUCUAUCCUCGAGUGUGUCUCUUGCUCCAUCCAUCCACAUAAAGAGGGAAGGGGUUGAGUUGAGAGUGCAAGGUGCGAGAUGGAUUGUUGGAGCAUGGCCUUCGAUCGACGAAGAGCGGCCGACGAACUGCUUCAAGGGCGUGAAUUGGCCCACCAACUUCGGGUGGUGCUACGGAGGAUCAGUUCCCACGGCGCCGCCUCCGCCUCCGCCUCCCAAGAUCUGAUCUCCGGAAUCCUAAACUCUUUCUCCAAAACACUUUCCAUGUUGAAUCAUCGCUGCGACUCCGACGACAUAAACGGCUCUAUUGUGGACUCUCCCGACGCUACAAAAUCCCAGGAAGAAUCUGGAGAAACUAAUUCCAAGACCUCCGAUCGCAGGGGUUGCUACAAGAGAAGAAAGAGUUCACAUAGUUGGACGAGAGAGAGCUGCAGCCUGGUGGACGACGGGCAGGCGUGGAGAAAAUACGGGCAGAAGGUGAUUCUGAAUGCGAAAUUCCCGAGGAACUACUACAGAUGCACCCACAAAUAUGACCAGUCCUGCCAAGCCACGAAGCAAGUGCAGCAAGUGGAAGAGGAUCCGCCCAAGUUCCGUACUACUUAUUAUGGGCAUCACAGCUGCACCAAUUUCCUCAGAGCCUCUGAGAUCGUACUGGGUCUGGGUCAGGACCAGGGUGAGGGCUCUUCCGAUUUCAAGGGACUGCUCCUCAGGUUCGACAGCCCCACCACCACCACCACCCAAUUGCCUCAACUUCAACACGAUCGCGGCCUCUUUAUCCACCCUUCCUUUCCAGAUAUUGAUAUUGCUAAUGCUACUACGGUAAUUAAGAAGGAAAAAGAUCAUGGAAUAAUCGGAACUGAUGACGUGUGUUCGCCUUCCAACUACAUAGCUGCGGAGCUCUCGCCGGAUCAUCUGUCGGAGGUUAUGAUGGGUUCCGUCGUCGACUUUGAGGAUGAUGUUUUACAAUUCCACUUUUGAUCCAAUUCCAUAGUUUCCAAUUAAUAGCUAAUAGCUACCGCCGCCCGCCCGCCCGCWAGUUUACAAAUCUGCAGAAAGUGUUUAUUUUUCCCUUUUCUCUACUGCAGCUAGCUGUGUUACAUGGUGAUGUAAAUAAAUAAUUUGCAACGUCCUACCUAAUUACCCUAUUAACAUAUAAGCUAAAAUAUCCAGCCACUGUUGGGGGGCUUUUUCUUUUGUUAA